GUAUUAAAAAUACUGUAGGUUUCCAUUAUUGUAGUUUUGAAUAGCUGUUUGAAAUUAAAAUGCCAAAAACCAAACCCUACACGCAAAAGUACAGAUCCGAAUGGCAGUCAGUGCCGGAUUUUAAAGAUUGGAUUCAACCUGUUCAGUCGGAUCCAAACUUGGCACAUUGCAAGUUUUGUAAAUGUAAUUUGAAAGCUCAUUAUAAUUUGCUUAGUGAACACACAAAAACUAAAAAGCACGUCUCAGCAGCGAAACCCUUUUCUUCCUUCAGGCAGCCCAAAAUUCCUUUUAAACCGGUGUCAAAGACCAUAGAAGAGACAGCGGAAGCCGAAAGUGGAAUGACAUUAUUUGUCACAAGUCACUGUGCUUUACGCAAUGUGGAUCAUCUUGUGCAAUUAAAUAAAAGGAUUUUUAAGACUGCAAAAGAUAUUGACAAUAUCCAUCUAGCACGCACUAAGUGCACUGCUCUUGUGAAAAAUGUAAUCGCUCCACAUUUUAAAUCAGACUUACGUGAAGAUAUAGGUAAUAGUCCAUAUAGCCUUUUAAUAGAUGAAUCUACUGACAUAAAUGUUACAAAACAACUUGGAGUAAGUAUUAUAUAUUUUUCGGAGACUAAAUUCAAAGAUGUUUCUACAUUUCUAACACUUCAAAAUUUAGAAAAAGGAGAUGCAAUUUCAAUAGUCCAAGCUGUAAAAGAAGUUUUGCAGAAGUUUGGCUUGGAGUUGAAAAAUAUGCGGGGCUUAGGAACUGAUAAUGCAUCCGUCAUGACAGGAGUCAAUAAUGGAGUCUAUCAAAAACUUAAGGAGGACAUUCCUCACCUGAUUCUCGUUCGCUGUGUGUGUCAUUCUGUUCAGUUGGCAGUUUCAGAUGCCGUCAAAGAAGCUCUGCCAAAAAAUCUGGAAUUUUUGAUUGGUGAUACAUAUGCAUGGUUUUCUAGAUCAGCUGAUCGUCAGGGCCAUUUUCAAAUAUUAUAUAACACCCUUAACGAUGGGAAAGAUCCUUUAAAAAUUCCAAAAGUUGCUGCUACCCGCUGGCUAUCUAUCUAUGUUGCAGUUAAUCGAAUCCUAGAACAGUGGCAAGAGCUGCGUAUGCAUUUUGAGUUUUGGAAAGGCAAAGAUAAAUGCUACACUUCCGAAGUUUUGUUUGCAAUGUAUUCAGACAUUCGCAAUGAGCUCUACUUACUUUUUUUGCAACCAGUUCUAGAAGAAGCUCAAAAAGUCAAUAAGGUUUUUCAAAUGAAUGAAAACGACCCAGCAAAACUCUUAAAAAGCUUAACUAUGCUUAUUCAGGGUCUAGUUAUGCGAAUAGUAAUUUCUGGAUGCAAGGAAAACUUUCUGACAAUAAAUGUCAGAAAUUAUCUUCACCCCAAACCUAAUCUUGGAUUUGCAUUUGAGGAAAAAAUGAAGGAAGUGCGUAAGAAUAACCAACUAAAUGUUGACGAGGAAAAGAUAAUUCGAUCGAGAUGUAUCGAUUUUAUUAUAGCACUAGUGAAAGGAUUGCAGGUACGCCUUCCUGAUAACGUAGAAGUGCUAGAGAAAGUAUCCUUGCUUUGCCCAGAAAAAUGUUUACGUACUGUAAAACCACCAAUAACGAAUCUAGCUAAACUGAUGAAGGUACCCACAAACCUUAUAACAAAAAUCGAUUUUCAAUGGUUAAAAAUUAAUUUUGUUGAAUGGACAAACAUUGACAAGACUGUUCCAUUUUGGGCCGAAGUUCUGCAGUACAAGGAUGCUUCAUACGAGAAUCCGUUCCAAGAACUGGCUAAUUUUGCAAUAACAUGUCUUGUUCUUCCUUGGUCAAACGCGGAAAUCGAAAGAUCAUUUAGUCAAAUGAACAUUGUGAAAUCGCCACACAGAAACCGUUUUAACGAUGAGACAUUAAUUGCAAUCCUCACCAUCCGCGCUGGUCUAAGAAGGCUUAACAAAUGUUGCUCAACGUAUCAAUUCCCUCCAGGAGCUCUCGUAAAAGUAGGAACACUCGCCGCAUAUAACCCAUUGUCAAAUGCAGAUAAAAGCACCCCCAAUUCUGAAUACCAAGAGUUUAAUGAUAUAUUAGAGGUUUUGGAGCCUUUUGAGGAGCAACAUGACAUUUAACUUAAAUUAUUAACAUAGUUUUUAACAUUAGGUUUUGUUAUAUUUUAAAAAAUGUGCAUUUUUCA